CAGGACGGACUCCAAUGUGAGAAUGGCUGUGACUUUGGAAGAGGCUCCGUGGCUGGGCUGGAUCUUGGUGAAAGCCCUAAUGAGGUUUGCCUUCAUGGUCGCCAACAACCUGGUUGCAAUUUCAUCGUACAUCUGCUAUCUGAUCGUACUUCAGCCCCUCCGAGUGCUGGACAGUAAGCGCUUCUGGUAUAUUGAAGGAAUCAUGUAUAAAUGGCUUUUAGGCAUGGUGGCUUCUUGGGGAUGGUAUGCUGGAUAUACAGUGGUGGAAUGGGGGGACGAUAUUAAAACAAUUACGAACGAUGAAGCAGUAAUGUUGGUGAAUCAUCAGGCAACAGGAGACGUGUGUACUCUGAUGAUGUGCCUCCAGGACAAAGAACUGGUUGUUGCUCAAAUGAUGUGGUUAAUGGAUCACAUUUUUAAGUACACAAACUUUGGAAUUGUUUCUCUAAUUCAUGGAGACUUCUUUAUAAGACAGGGAAAAUCUCAUCGUGAACAACAGCUUCUUCUUCUCAAGAAACACCUAGAAAAAAAUUACAGGAGCAGAGAUCGAAAAUGGAUUGUUUUAUUUCCAGAAGGGGGCUUCCUCAGGAAGAGACGAGAAACAAGUCAGACAUUUGCCAAGAAAAAUAACUUGCCAUUUCUUACACAUGUCACUCUGCCAAGGAUUGGAGCAACAAAAAUUAUUUUGAAUGUACUUGUGGCACGACAGGAAAAUGGAAGUCCAGCAGGAGGAGAUGCUAGAGAAUUUGACAGCAAACCAAAAGGCCUCCAGUGGAUAAUAGAUACAACCAUAGCUUAUCCCAAAGCUGAACCCAUAGAUAUUCAAACCUGGAUCCUUGGAUACAGGAAACCAACAGUCACACAUGUACAUUACAGGAUCUUUCCAAUUAAAGAUGUACCCCUGGAGACAGAUGAACUUUCUGAUUGGCUCUAUCAACGUUUUAUUGAAAAAGAGGACCUCUUAUCACAUUUUUAUGAAACAGGGGCUUUUCCACCUCCCAAAGGCCACAAGGAAGCCGUUUCCAGGGAAAUGACCCUCAGCAAUACGUGGAUCUUUCUCAUACAGUCUUUUGCAUUUUUGUCAGGCUAUAUGUGGUAUAACAUCUUUCAGUAUUUUUACCAUUGCCUGUUUUAGGAGUUGACUUGGACUUUUCAAGGUCACCAUAGGAAUUCAGACUUUCAUGAGUGUGCAUUAUUUUACAUGUGCAAAUCAGAAUAUUAAAAAAAAGCAAAGGAAAUUCCAUGGAUGGAUUAAUAUUUAUCCCCCUUUGGGAUAUUUUAAAACUCUCCUAAAAUGAGGAUCAGUAAUCUGAUGACCUGCUAAUAUGUUUUAAGGACUUUUCAUGUUUUAAAAAGAUACACUCAACCACACAUUUAAGCCGCCGUCACAUUUGGAGAAGAGGAAAUCAUAAAGUCAUCCUAGAAGACAGAGAAAUUCUGUUGCCAGCAGAUACUGGAUCAUCUAGCUCCAGCUCAGAGAGCUGUGUUGGUCCUCUUAGCUAGUAUCUCCAUUAGGGCAGUGCUGUAGACGCCCUCAUUUCCCCAGCUCCUCCCGUGUUUCUAGUGACCUCGCGGGGGCUGGUUGGCACCUUCUGAAGAACUGUCGCCCUGUCGUUUGCAGUGACGCUCCAGUCCUCACCAGCUCAGUGAGGUUCAGUGUCAGGCACGCUGUAGGGGGAAAGCAGUGUCCAGUGGACACAUUCCGGUCCUGGAAUGUGCUCUUUCAAAAAGGCUAGCUCAGUCCGACACCGUGUUUACAUGCGCUAGUGCUUUCCUGUGUGUGUGUGUGUGUGUGUGUGUGUGUGUGGUGGGGGGGAUUGGUGUCUCCUUUUGUAUAAAAGGCAUAUCGUAGAUUGAUAAUUUUCUUUUACAAAAUGCACUUUUAUCAGAUGCUUCUGUAGCAAAGGAGUAGUAAUCUAGCCUGAAACAAGUGUUCGCAUAGUCAGCGAGGGGAGCUCUGGGGCGGCCUCUCCGCCGCUCUCCCUGUGCCUGAUGCUCCCAGCGCCUCCCUGAACUGCCCACAGCCCACCGGCCCGCCCGCCCCGGAGGCUUCCGGCUGGCGCAGAGCCUUGGUUCUUGUUGGCGGUCUUUUUUUUUUUAAUUUUGGUAUAUUAGCACCGAAUGCAUUUGGGGAUGGUUAAAACAAAUUAAUGCAAAACAUAUAAAUGACCAACAUCUGGUGAAAUAGGCUAGUUUAUUAGAAAAGUAAGAGCUAGAGCCAGACACUGGCCUAAAAUGGUGACAGAUGAUCACAGAGCACCCCCAGAACCUGUCCCAUCAAGGAGCUGCCCUUGUGACCAUAGGAGACAGCAGCACAGGAGGCUUCCCAAUCUCUUCCAUUGCUUUUGAAGAGGAUACAGUCGUGUCUAUUUCUAGAAGACAGUUUUCUGUUUUGUUUGUCACUCUGUCCGUGCAGUGUACCUCACAGCAGGAGCAGACUCUUGCACGGAGCGCUGGCACUGCCCGUGGCCGCCCUCCGAGCGCGAGGCGGGUCCUCUGGCCGGGACUGGCCCCGGGAUCCUGGCGCGGCAGCGCUGGUGUUCUGUGGCGGGGGCACCGUACAUCCCCUGUUGUCGCUAAUCAUACAAUUUGACAAUUUUGAGAAGUAGCCAGAAAGUAAAAAGUAAAGGCUGGUGUUUUUUGUUUUUAAAUAAACCAAAAAACAAAAACCGAGAAGAUAGGCAUUUCCUCCCACUUAGGUGGGAAAGGUAAAGCAACACCAAAUACAAGCCCACGGCGGCUUCAUCUUUAGGUUCAUUCAGUGCAUGUGUGAAGAGAAUGGUGUGUGAACUGAAAUACCUCAUUGAUUAGACUACUGCUGGUAGGACACAGAAGGCCGUGUUCCUGUGUUUGAUUUGGGAAUGUUUGUCCUAGGUGCCACUUUUUGAAAUCCAAGCAUUUCAUUGUGUGUUUUACAAUGACAGUGAGGAGGUGAAACCAAUCUCAUUUUGGAGGUACGGAUGAUGACAGGAAGCCAAAUGGAAGCUUAAAGAAGCCUCUGUUUGAGGCGCAGCAAAUGCUACCAGAUUACAAGAUGCAUUGGAAUUGUUCAUUUGAGAAGUUAGUCAGCCAUCUGGGGACAAGCUGUUCACUGUCGAGUAUGGCAGACACAGUCCUAACUAUUAGACCUUUUCUUCGUCCUCAUUGCUAAAGCAAGCCACAAGCAGAGUGGCCACUCUCCAGCAGGACAGAAGAGAAAUGCAUACAGAGAUGUGGUUUAGGGCCACUUUUGCAUUCACUGUGCUCCAAAGGAGCAUGAUAUUGUUUGAUAUACUGUACACAUUAAACAGAUGAUUCUGUAAGAUGCUUUAUUUUUCAAGCACAGUCAUUUCAGCAGCCUCGAGAAUGACAAAUACCGAUAGAUGUGUGUUAAUUUUUGAACAUAGAUCUGAGUUGUAAAUAGAUGUGUGUUUGCUCUGCCCUUUUUGUUUCUUGAUCAACCUGUUCCCUCUCUUCUGUUAGCAAAGUAUGCUUGUUUGAGAGCAUUGCUAGUGCUUUCCUUACUAGUAACUGGGGUUCUCUUGCUUGCACUAGGGAAUAUAAAGAGCAAACAAGUGUUCUUAUAUGGCAAUCAGGGAAGCAGCAAUAUGCCACUGUACAGAACUGAAUAAAAAUUCCUAAUUUGUACUUCCCUUGCAAAGUGAGUGGAAGGAGGUUUAGCAAAUAUCCAUGUUGUCAAGGGGAAAGAAAGUAACACUGUGCCAGUUUUAUACCAGUAGCUGAUUCAGUCUCAGCACUUCUUGGUCUCAGCUUACCUUCCUAGAUUCCCACAGCAAGACAGGGUUGCAAACUCCCUGCUGGAUCCUGGAGUCACAGGGAUGGAGCACCUGCCUGGCCUCAAGCAGGUGCAGUGACUACAGAAGUGACCACCCCAGAAGUUCACGCUUAACUUCAGAAACUAUUACUGGUUUCAAAUAUACAGAUAUUGUAGAGAAACCUGGAGGCCAGUGGAAGGAAAAGAAAAAUUACAGAAUGGAAAUGAUAUCUUGGUUAGUCAUACAAUCUAGUUGAGAAUCUUAAUAGCAGGUUUAAAGAAAUAGAUAGCUGUAAGUUCAAAUCUCUCAUAUUUUAAUAUCACAACUAGCCCUUAAUUUUGCACAAUAAGGGAACUAGAGAUUACUGGAUAAUUAGUGUAGUAAUAAGUCAUGGUAAGCCAAAAAUGUAAUUGAAUUUAGGAGUUUGAAAUUUUAUUCUCAUCAAACUUUUUCCCCUUCCUGGAUGCUUACUAAUUUUAAAAAAAUGAUUUGAGUUGCUUAUUCAUUUAUCUUGCCUAUGUGUUUAUGACUGUAUUAAUGAGUAGUGGAAAGAUUUGGAAAGACAGGCAGUUUCAGGAGGAGGAAACACAGAAGCCUAAAUAAUGCAUAGUCUAGAAAAGGCAUCCCUAAUAAUCAAGAGUUGGCAGUAUUGCAAUUGUUUUCAAGCGUUUUUAUGAAAAUGAAAUGUUAAAUCACCAAAUGUCAACCUCAGAACAUCAUUCUAGUGUUCACAUCAUUUGGAUCAAUGUUAAGAAUGCCUCUUCAUUCUUUGCUCAUGUUAUUCAUUUUGUGUGGAUUUGUCUUAGUAGUGUUUUUGACAAUCACUUCCCCAAAGACUCCUCUGGAUUAGUGGGACCUGGUUAUAAUCAUAGGACGUAGUCUUUAAUCAUGGAUGGUCUUAUUGGAUUCUUUUUAUAUUUAAGAAAAUUUUAUUUGCACUGCUGCAUAGGAAGAGUUAGUUACACAUGACUUCACUCCAGAGUUACCAUUACAAGCAUGCCAGUGCUGGUCCACAGAGGAUGGAUAAAAAUGACUAGUCUUAUUUCUUGCCAUGUAGUGCAAUGAACCUUGCUUCUGGUAACAUGAAAGGCAAAGUCAAAAGCAGCACUGGGCAGCAGGUACACUGGUUCAUUUUCUGAAGGGACAGAGACUAAUAUAUUGGGACCAAAACCACCUAAAUUGGACAUUUCUUGAUCACAAGGGGGCCGGGCAUUCUCUGGAGCGGUCACUGGUUGGUGCUUUAUUGUAUUUAUUUUGCAUUGAUCCCCAACAAGUAGGAACUGGACCCUGGGAAUGAGCUGAGAGUGCUGAACUGUUGGGGGAAGGUGACUGGCCACAUGGAAGAUAAAAUAUGCAUUUUUCUGCAAAAUUUUCCAUUUGAGGAUUUUUACAUUUAAUCUUUUUUAAAAACAGUUUAAAGAACAAAAAAUAUUUUAAGUGUAUUCUAGUUGCAAAAUAUGCACACAUAUUUUUAAUGGUUUUAUUUUUAUUGUGUAAAACUGUUGAACACAUGGCUGUGAUGCACAAAUUCUUUGUAUGUAAGGAGUCUGUGCAUUUUACAGUAACUUACGUUAUGAUUGGGUAAUGAAACAGUUAUACAUUCAACUGCCAUUGUUGUGUUAAGUGCUUUCAUUUUCUUUACAGUUAUCACAAAGUUGUAUUUAUUUUAUACAGAUGGGUUUUCAUUUUUCUGAUGCCAUAAUGUUUACUUCAGCUUGGUGACCUGUCUUUCUUUGUGUUAGCUGCAUGUUGUGAUGUAUGAUAAGAAUGAAUGUAAAGGUUGUGGCAACUGUUAAUUUUUGUAAAGGGCUGGUCACACGUGGAUCUGGUUUGUGAAUGCAUUGGGAUUAUUUUAGUAACCAGAUUACCUUUUCAGAAAUUGAGAUGUGAACACCAAAAGAAGCAUUUUCUCAACAACAACAAAAAUAAUAGCUGGUUCUAUUUUUUUUAAUCUAGAAAAAAUAAAGUUGAUUUUUUUCAAGUACAUAAAGUGCUUUUAAUUCUUAGUAGUGGGCAUGGGGUGUUCGUAUUUUCCUGGAGCUGUUUUGGCAUUAACAUCUGUAGAUAUGUACUUGGAACACACCAGGGCAGUUGGAUGCUGAAGGCAAACCGAAAAACCAAAUGGAAAACACUGUUUUCCUCCUUUGAUUUUAAACUAUUUCUCCCUCCUCCUUCACUGUUCUCCCCACCCAGUUGUCUACUAAAUGUUUAACAGUCCACUCUCCUGGGGGAAAAUUUUGUAUACCAGCUUACAUAAGUUAUAAAUGCUGCUGAUAGCAAGGAUUUCAUAACAUGAUUAACAUAAUAAUAAAGUAUACUUUACUGUAAAUUCCAUAUAGCCAAUUGAUUCUCCCAGGAUGCUCUAAUUGAUUUUUCCUGAAAUCUUUGGCCAACCUAUGACUGUGAUCCAACCGUGAUUUGAAAAAUGGAAUUACUAACAUCCUAAUCCGCUCAUUUCUCAAAUGUGUCAUUCAAUUUGAUAUGCGAUCUACUGUUAAACUAUUUCUUAGCCUUGUACAAAUUAUACUCAUUAAAGUGAACCACUUUUAGCUCUAGCACCAAUGGGAAGCUUAUAUAAUUUAAUUUUAAUAACAGCCGUUUGACAACUACUGGCAAAAUUCUAAAACUGCCAAACUGUUGGCUUUCUUGACAGCGGGAGAUGUCUCCAGCACACCACUGCCCGAUUCCGUUUUAUGUUUUUUGUUUUAAAAAACUGUUAGUGUUGAAUAAACAUCUCACUGUUAAUCUACUCACUACUCUCAAGAGAUUCCUAUCUCUAACCCUGGCAGGGGCUUUUAAGGGUAGGAAAGCAUUAACAUCAGUUCUGCAGAGUGGGCUUUGAACCUUUGAAGAAUUUGCCAAAAGCCACCUUUUCCUGAAGUGCAUGGAAAGCUUGCAUAUUUCUAAAGUUAGUUGUAUGUUUUUAUUUCUCAAAGUAAACUGUGAUAUAGGCAUCUCUAAGAUUUUGUUUUGAGCAUUUAAAACACUUUUUCCCCCUAUAUUUGUAGAAUAUGUUUGAGCCCACUGAAAAAUUUUAAAUGUAUUAAAAUGUCUUACAUGACAUACAAAAUAGGUUAAAUAGUUACAGUUCAUUCUACCUCUUCUGUUUCCUGUCUGGGUUUAGGCUGCUGAUUGGUGAGGUUGUAAUCCUCCCCCCCCCCCCCAAGUGGUUACUGUA